UAGGUUGAGGGAGGGCUCUGGGGUUAGUUCCUGUUAGGCCCCGGCCGGGGGAGUAGGUUCGAGUCUCCUGAGAUGCCCGGUGGGCAGGGGCACCGGGAGCCGUGAGGGGAGCUGAGGACGCGGCGAGCGGAGCCCCACGGCAGGCCUCAGGAACCGGAGCGGCGGCCGAGCCCGCCUUCGCUGCACCAUGCUCAUAGAGGAUGUGGAUGCCCUCAAGUCCUGGCUGGCCAAGUUGCUGGAGCCGAUAUGUGAUGCUGACCCAUCAGCCUUGGCCAACUAUGUUGUAGCACUGGUCAAGAAGGACAAACCUGAGAAAGAAUUGAAAGCGUUUUGUGCUGAUCAACUUGAUGUCUUUUUACAAAAAGAAACUUCAGGUUUUGUGGACAAAUUAUUUGAAAGUCUCUACACUAAGAACUACCUUCCGCCUUUGGAACCAGUUAAGCCUGAGCCAAAACCACUUGUCCAUGAAAAAGAGGAAAUUAAAGAAGAGGUAUUUCAGGAGCCAGCAGAGGAAGAACGAGAUUGCAGAAAAAAGAAAUAUCCUAGUCCCCAGAAGACUCGUUCUGAAUCUAAUGAACGAAGGACACGAGAUAAAAAAAGAGAAGAUGGCAAGUGGAGAGAUUAUGACCGCUACUAUGAGCGGAAUGAGUUGUAUCGUGACAAGUAUGACUGGAGAAGAGGUCGGAGUAAGAGCCGGAGUAAGAGCCGAGGUUUGAGUCGGAGUAGAAGUCGGAGUAGGGGGCGCAGCAAAGACCGGGAUCCAAAUAGGAAUGUUGAGCACAGGGAAAGAUCAAAGUUUAAGAGUGAAAGAAAUGACCUGGAGAGUUCCUAUGUGCCUGUGUCUGCACCACCCAACUCUUCUGAGCAGUAUUCCUCGGGGGCCCAGUCUAUUCCCAGCACCGUUACUGUGAUCGCACCUGCUCACCACUCUGAAAACACAACUGAGAGCUGGUCUAAUUACUAUAACAAUCAUAGCUCUUCCAAUUCUUUUGGUCGAAACCCACCACCAAAGAGGCGAUGCCGAGAUUAUGAUGAAAGAGGAUUUUGUGUUCUUGGUGACCUUUGUCAGUUUGAUCAUGGAAAUGAUCCUCUGGUUGUUGAUGAAGUUGCUCUGCCAAGUAUGAUUCCUUUCCCGCCCCCUCCUCCGGGGCUUCCUCCCCCACCGCCUCCUGGAAUGCUGAUGCCUCCGAUGCCAGGGCCAGGGCCGGGCCCAGGUCCAGGACCAGGGCCAGGGCCGGGCCCAGGUCCUGGCCAUAGUAUGAGGCUUCCUGUUCCCCAAGGGCAUGGUCAACCUCCGCCUUCUGUUGUGCUUCCCAUACCAAGACCACCCAUAACACAGUCAAGCUUAAUAAACAGCCGUGAUCAGCCUGGGACAAGUGCAGUGCCCAAUCUUGCACCAGUAGGAGCAAGACUACCUCCUCCUUUACCCCAGAACCUCCUUUAUACAGUAUCAGAACGACAGCCCAUGUAUUCUCGUGAACAUGGUGCUGCUGCAUCUGAGCGAAUUCAGUUAGGGACACCGCCUCCUCUGUUGGCAGCUCGCUUGGUGCCACCUCGCAACCUCAUGGGAUCUUCCAUUGGGUACCAUACCUCAGUCUCCAGUCCUACCCCUCUGGUCCCAGAUACUUACGAGCCGGAUGGUUAUAACCCAGAAGCCCCUAGUAUUACCAGUUCUGGUAGAUCUCAGUACAGACAGUUCUUUUCAAGAACUCAGACACAGCGCCCCAACCUGAUUGGCCUGACCUCUGGAGAUAUGGAUACAAAUCCAAGAGCUGCCAACAUAGUCAUCCAGACAGAACCACCAGUUCCUGUUUCAAUUAAUAGCAACAUAACCAGAGUAGUUCUUGAACCAGAUAGUCGGAAAAGAGCAAUAAGUGGUAUAGAAGGCCCUCUCACAAAGAAACCAUGGCUGGGAAAGCAAGGGAAUAACAAUCAGAGUAAACAAGGAUUCUUAAGAAAGAACCAAUAUACGAACACCAAAUUAGAAGUGAAGAAAAUCCCCCAGGAAUUGAACAACAUUACCAAGCUCAAUGAACAUUUCAGCAAGUUUGGAACUAUUGUUAAUAUACAGGUUGCGUUUAAAGGUGAUCCAGAAGCAGCCCUCAUCCAAUAUCUUACCAAUGAGGAGGCCAGGAAAGCUAUUUCCAGCACGGAAGCAGUUCUGAACAACAGAUUCAUUCGAGUCUUAUGGCAUAGGGAAAAUAACGAGCAACCAGCAUUACCAUCCUCAUCACAGCUGCUUCUUCAACAACAGCAAACACUUAGUCAUCUUUCACAGCAGCAUCAUCACCUGCCUCAGCAUCUUCAUCCACAGCAGGUGCUGGUGACCCAGUCUCCUCCCUCAACGGUACAUGGAGGCAUCCAGAAGAUGAUGAACAAGCCACAGACGCCAGGUGCAUACGUUCUUAACAAAGUUCCUGUUAAGCAUCGCCUUGGGCAUGCGAGUGGUAACCAGAGUGAUGUGUCACACUUGCUCAAUCAGUCGGGUGGUGCAGGAGAGGAUUGUCAGAUAUUUUCAACACCAGGCCAUCCAAAAACGCUUUAUAGUUCUUCAAACUUAAAGACACCUUCCAAACUUUGUUCAGGUUCUAAAUCACACGAUGUUCAAGAAGCGUUGAAAAAAAAGCAGGAAGCAUUGAAACUACAACAAGAUAUGAGGAAAAAGAGGCAAGAAGUGUUAGAGAAGCAAAUAGAAUGCCAAAAGAUGCUAAUAUCUAAGUUAGAAAAAAACAAAAACAUGAAACCAGAAGAAAGAGCUAAUAUAAUGAAGACUUUGAAAGAACUUGGAGAAAAGAUCUCACAAUUAAAGGAUGAAUUAAAGACAUCUUCUGCGGUUUCUGCACCAUCUAAAGUAAAGACAAAAACAGAGGCCCAGAAAGAGUUAUUAGAUACUGAACUGGACCUGCACAAGAGGCUGUCCUCAGGAGAAGACACAACAGAACUACGGAAAAAGCUCAGUCAGUUACAGGUUGAGGCUGCAAGAUUAGGUAUUUUGCCUGUGGGUCGCGGAAAGCCCAUGUCCACCCAAGGCCGAGGAAGAGGCCGAGGCCGUGGAGGCAGAGGAAGGGGGUCCCUGAACCACAUGGUGGUGGAUCAUCGCCCCAAAGCACUAACAGUCGGAGGAUUCACUGAAGAGGAAAAAGAUGAACUACUUCAUUUCUCCGCAGCAAACCAAGGGUCAAAAUUCAAAGACCGUCGACUACAAAUAUCAUGGCACAAGCCUAAGGUACCGUCUAUAUCCACCGAGACUGAGGAAGAAGAAGUCAAGGAAGAGGAGACAGAAACCUCAGAUUUGUUUUUGCAUGAUGAUGAUGAUGAAGAUGAAGAUGAAUAUGAGUCUCGUUCGUGGCGAAGAUGAAAUCUGAUGCAAGCUGUAUAAUUUUUAGGAGGAUUGUUUAGAAGAACAACUUUUUAAAAUUAUUUAAAGAAGUCAAUGAGCCAAAAAAAGUUUUUUUUAAGUUUUGUUUUCAACAGAGUAGGUUUCAGGACAGCAAGUUUGCUAUCUAAACACAUCUCAUAACUGUACAUGAUAUUGAAGCACCAAAGGCCUAGUGACUUUGACACAGUUGUGAAGCUCUACAGGAAUGCCAUGGAUAAUCUAGAGCCUUAUUUUCCACACCUGCUUUUGUUGCUAUUGGUGUUGGAUGAUGAUGUAAAUGACAGGGUGUUCAGAAAUUUUAUUUUGGAUUAUAAUCUGAUAAAAUUUCAUUAAAUGACAAAAUUGCCUGGAAUCUCUAACUUUCAGCUAUUAUGGAUGGGUCAUCAGACAGUAGGAGCUAUUUGUAAUUAAAAUACUCUUUUGCUUUCAAGAGUUGUCUUGAAAGAAAAGUGAAUUUAUUUUAAUUUUUUACUGUAGAAAAGUCCAAUUUGUAUUCAAUCUCAAUUUUUUUCAGGUUUUUUAAGUGCAGUAAUACUAUUUCAGUGAAAAAAAUCACAACAAACUCUGUUAUUAAAUACUAUAAGGUAAUGGUAGCUAGCUCUGUGCUAUUUCCAUUCUCACGUUAACUUCUGUCCUCAUCCUCCUACUGAUCUUUGCUUUGCCACUUAGCAUUGGUUCAGUUGGUUCCUUUUUUUUUUUUUUACGUAAUACUUUUAGAAUGUAAACGGCUUUCACCUAUUGCCUCUUUCUUGUCCCCCUUUUUAUUCCUCUUACCUGUUUAUCAAUAGGCCUAAUGUAGUCAUUAUUAAGAUAAAUGAUUCAUUUCGGCCACCAAAAGUCAGUCCCCAAUAAAAGGUUUAAACCAACGCCUUGAUAAAUAAGUGAUGUUUUGAUCAGAAUAAUGGAAGAAUGGGGGAGUCACCAGCCUUUCAGUUUUUCUAUUUUUCAGUCUUCAAUUUAGUUAUGCAAAAGGGUUAGGAAAAUAUAUCUGAAAUUUUAAAAAUUUAAACCAUGAUGGUGAGGGUACUGGGUAGGGAGGGUGGAGAUAGGGUAGGGGCUGGGUAUGUUAGUAAUAAAAGGGAACCCUAACUUUGAUCAGAUGGUCUUAUAUUUUCAUAUUUUUGUAGCGUGUUGCUAUCCAUGAACAUAUACUCCUUCAGUAGACAGCUUUCUUUUCUGUGUGCGUUUUUACUGUACACUGUAUAGAGUCUCUGUUAAGUAAAAUGUAUGUGUAAAUGUCUGUCCUUGUGUUCUGAAUGUCAGAUGGGAAAGCAGAGGAGCAACACUACACUGUAUUCUAGGGAAAUAAAAGCUAUGAUUGUACGUAGGGUAUCACUUUUUCAAGGAUAUACACAUCUGUGCUCUUAUGUACAUGUGGUGUGAAAAUUUGAGAUUUCCUGUUGGCUUCAAAGGGUUCUUGGUGAUCAGUCUAUCAAGAAUUUUGUUUUCUGAGAUAAAGACUGUUUUUCAGAAUACCAACUGUUCACUUUUAAGAAACUUAAAACCAUCAGGACUCUAGAGUUUACCUAACUACAAGGAGUUAAAUCCCAAGUUCUAAUCAUCUUUUCUACAUAACUUGCUGGAAUGAUGUAUCUGGCCAGGAUCACUUUUAAGUUCAUGUGCAUCCUCCUUCAAGGUUAGUGUUCCAUAUCCAGUAACACUGAAGUUGGCAUAAGCUUAUGAAGCAUAGAAGGAACGUGUGAGAAAGGGGUCUCUGAAAUAAGCACUCUUGCUCCUUACUCCUCCGUCAUCUCUAAGGAAAUUUUUUGGAUGUCUGUGGCUCAGUCCGUAUAUAUUUUGGAAGAUUCAUUGUGGUGAAUAUUUUGAGUCCUGACAGUUUAAACGUGAUAGAGGGAACAAAGGAUUUAUAUAUUUUUUGUACAAAGUUUUUUCUUAAACUGUAUAAUUUUGUAAAUAAUUUGGUUUUCGCUUCUGUUUUGUUUUUGGUCUUUUUCUUCUUUUUUUUUUUUUCCGUGUGUGUGUGUGUACUAAAACUACCAGCGUAUAGAUUUCAAUAAAAAUUGUUGUAUUUUUGUAUUUGGAGACUGAAAAUUACAAUAAAUUAAUGGAGCUGUAAGAAUUUUCAGUAGACUGACAGUUCAGUAGAAUGAGAUUCCUUUUCAUAUGAUUUUUUACCUUCAAAAUUGACAUCUUGUUCUGCUCUUAGUAAAGAGAAAAAGUUGAGAAACUAAGUUUUUAGUUUUUGGGGGCAGGGGAUAAAAGAAAAAUGUUGGACAGUUUUUCAGUGAACUUUGAGGUUCGUUUGUUUAAAUUUUGUUUUUAGUAAACCUUACAUAGGACUGAAGUAAUUUCAAAGUGUCAUUUCUAGUAAUUGUAAAACAUUUUGACUCAUAAAUGAAUUAAAAAUGUGGGUUAGUUAUGUUAGGUAACUUAAGCAUAAAGCAAUUGAAUACACA